ACUUGUGGGAACACAGUGCUCAUACUUUGAUGGCUAUGCCCACUGCCUAUUAAGAAAGCCAAGAAACCCAACAUAAUGGAGGUCUCUGCAGCUAAAAAAUUAAUUUCACUACUUGCUCUGACUCUUCUCUGCUCCAUCACCAUUGCCAAUCAGAAUAUCCCUGAAUGCUGCUAUCAGAAAACAUGCUCUUGCCGAAUAUAUGACAUCCUUCGUGGUUCUGGGAACCAUGCAGCAGGAAUUCUUACCCUGGGGAAGAAGAAAGAUCCAUCUCAGUCCUUCCAAGGUCGCCUCUACCGCCUCCUUCAUGGUUCAGGGAACCAUGCAGCAGGCAUUUUAACAAUGGGGAAACGGGAGGAACUGCAACAAGAUGAACCUGCUGAAAGUGCCAGUGAAGAAGACUUAUGUUCAAAUGCAUACAAAACAGGUUAUUUUUCUAGUUCUGAAAUUCAGCCAGGUUUCCAGAAAUGUUCACAAUUACAGAUUCUACAAGGAAAUGACAAUUUAGUCAAACAGUGUUUGCAACAGCUUCUGAAACUUUGCAUUAAGAGCUGAGAUAUCUAAGUAUAAAACAAGUCAUAAAAAUGGACUUGGAAUUAAUCUGCCGUCAAUACUACUUUUAAUCCAACUGUUCAUUGCAUUCAGAGUUAUGUAUGAAUGAAAAUUGUGGUUCCACAAGUAUUAAGGUGCUGCAAAGCAAACACAGCAUACAAUGUAAACACUGCACUGAAAGGGAUGUUUAAUAAAGCUGUGCUUUAAAGCUGCUUAUCAGACCUGUCUAUUGCUAUAUUAAAAACAGCAUAUAAUACAAAAACUGUACUGAAAAAUAUGCUUAAUAAAGAUGUGCUUUAAAGCUGUUUA